AUGAUUACCGUACUACCGCUGCUGGCCAGAGAACAAUCAAAGACAAGUAGAUACUUCAUACUGUUCGGCUACUAUCACUCGCAUGGAGAUGGUAAAUCUGGAUUGGCUUUCCAUGAGACACUUCUUUCUGGACUGAAGCAGGCCCAGAGUGCUGACUGUGCCUACGACGAUGACCCCAAAUUUGCGAGCCCGAGCAACCCUUUACUGCCCACACUCGAGACGGCGGGACGACUAUCAAUCUCUUGGAGCUAUCUACUGUCACCACUGCUGGGAGCAUAUCUGCCAUCCUUUGUCGCGAACUCACUUGGUAUCCGUGCAUCAGCCACACCAGAAGCGCACGAUCAAUGGACAGGCAAGAAAACAUUUUUCGACCCCGAAGCUUACCAGACCCGCCUCAAAGUCCUGUCUAUCGAAAAUGGUCACGUUCAGAAGAUUCUCCAGGAAUGUCGGAAACAUGACAUCAAGUUCACCGGUCUCCUUCAUCAGAUCAUAGUACAGGCUUUGAGCAAAGAGCUACCUCCUGAAAAAGCAGGUUGCUUUGUGUCACAGACUGCUGUUGAUCUACGAUCACACCUCAAGGGCAUCACUGAUAGUGAUAUGGCGCUAUGCCCGACCGCAUACUAUGAGCUGUUCACAAGGACCGUGCAAGGCAACACAUCGAAAGAGUCGAGCUCCAUGACCGAAGCUUUGUGGGACGCUGCACGCUUGACGACCCAAAACCUGUCCCAAUGUGCCGGCACUCUUAAUGACCAGCCAGUGGGAUUGCUAGCAUAUCUUCGCAACAUGUAUCCUUGGACCAGAGGCCAAGUCGGCAAGCGCAGAGAAUGCUCCUACGAACUCAGCAACAUCAUGUCCUUCAAUCCUGGGCUAUUUGAACCAGAAAAAAUAUGGAACAUUGAGUCCAUGAUAUUUUCACAGCCCGCCAACGUAGGUUCUGGUUGUCUGAACUUCAACGUCGUCUCCAGAUACCAAGGCGAUCUUACGAUUGUCAUAUCAUGGCAAGCGGGCGCUUUGGAUGUAAAAGACGAGCAAUUGUUUGCAGAAAACGUGGGAAAUCAUAUCACCACUUCUUUGCAGUCCCUCGAUAGAUCGUAG